UGGCUGCUGCUGUACUUUAACUGUGUGUUUUGGCCUAUUCGCGUCGCCAUGGCCGCCGCCAUCGUCACCACCAGCAGUAGCAGAGGUGUGUGCAACCGAAACCGAUACUAAACCCAAAACUGUCGUCGGUGGCAGCAGAACUUGGCGCUGCAGCGCUUGAGUACACAACGAACGGUCGGUCGGCCAUACUAUAAUAUUCCGGUGCUCCCAUUUCCCCUUACCUUACCCUCUCGUGCUCGUUCUCGUCGCGGUUGUCGCCUCCAUUUCGGACCUCACAGAUAAGCCAUAUAGGCCCCGCCGCAUGGGGGUCUAUUGCACACAGAAGUUCUACAACUAAAAACCCGCAUUGCAAAACUUGUGAAAAACAAAAGAGUUAAACUAAACAAAUUGUGGUGCAAAAAGAGAAGAAAAGUGAAGUGAAAAAUCCCAAGUGAAAAAUAAAAAUAAAAACCAUUUUAGAAUAGAACAUAAAAUAUGGAAUGGAAUCAAACACUAAACAAAAAUCUCUUAUUGAAAUGGUUUCCUCACUGAUCAAUACAUAAGACUCUACUGAACCCAAAAAAGACAAAAAAGCACAAACUAAAUUAGAAAAGAAAGAAAAUUCAAAGCCAUGCAAGAGGUCUGCAGCACCCUGGAUACAACCCCAAUGGGGACGCAGAUCAAAUCGGAGUCGCCGCUCAAUCCGCUGCAGGUGCAAACGGGAGGACAAACCGCACUCCCCGUGGGCGGUGUUGGCUGUGGUGUUGGCGGUGCUGCUGCUGUUGGUGGUUUGGUGGGUCAGGGCACGCAGCAGGGUGCUCCGGCCGUGCCGGCGGUGAUGCUGGUCAACAAGAUGGCCUCGAACUGUGAUAAACGGGCCGCGGACACGGCCUACUGGAUGGCCGCCUCCGAGAGUGGCUUCAUCAAUUCGCAGCCCUCGAUGGCCGAGUUUCUCAAUCACCUGAGUCCGGAGAGCCCAAAGAUGGGAACACCUGUUGGCAUCGGAGGCGGCGGUGGUGGUGGUGUCAAUGUGAAUGUGAAUGUCGGCGUCGGAUAUCCGGUGGGUGUGGGACCAAUGCCACAGACACCGGAUGGCAUGGACUCGGUGCCGGAGUAUCCCUGGAUGAAGGAGAAGAAGACGUCGCGAAAGGGCAGCAACAAUAAUAAUCAGGGUGAUAACUCCAUAACUGAAUUCGUUCCAGAAAAUGGCCUGCCCCGACGCCUCCGCACCGCGUACACGAACACCCAGCUGCUGGAGCUGGAGAAGGAAUUCCACUUCAAUAAAUAUUUAUGCCGCCCAAGGAGAAUCGAGAUAGCAGCCAGCCUGGACCUAACCGAGCGACAGGUAAAAGUUUGGUUUCAAAACCGCCGCAUGAAACACAAGCGGCAAACGCUCUCAAAAACGGACGAUGAGGACAAUAAAGACAGCCUCAAAGGUGACGAUGAUCAAUCCGACAGCAACUCCAAUUCGAAGAAAUCGUGUCAAGGCUGCGAACUGCCCUCCGAUGAUAUACCCGAUUCGACGUCCAAUUCCCGGGGACACAACAAUAAUACGCCGAGUGCCACCAACAAUAAUCCCAGUGCGGGCAGUCUGACACCCAAUUCCUCUUUGGAAACAGGCAUCUCAUCGAAUCUGCUUGGCAGCACCACCGUAUCCGCCUCGAAUGUGAUCAGUGCCGACUCCAGUGUGGCCUCCAGUGUCAGCCUGGACGAGGACAUCGAGGAGAGCAGUCCCAUUAAAGUCAAGAAGAAAGAUGAGAGUCAGGUCAUCAAAAAGGAGGCCGUGUCCACCUCAUCGAAGGCAUCGCCAUUUGGCUAUGAGAGCUCUACGCCGAGCUUGGUCAGCUUUCGGCGGGACUCGGAUGCCGUCAUCGCCUCCGCCAAUCCUCCCCCAGCAAAGGGCAAGAAACGUUACCAGAAUAAUGCCAAUGCUAUUGCCACGCCCACACCCCUCACUGAUAGUAAUAGUGGUGGAAAUGUUGGUGCCGGUGCUGGGGGUGGUGCCUCAGCUGGUGGCUAUUUCCCUGGCUACUAUCCUAGUCCCAAGCAGCAAAUGCAACAGCAGCAACACCAACAGCAGCUGCACCCGCAACAGCAGCAGCAUCACCUGCAACACCAGCAGCAAUUGCAACAGCAACAGUUGCAAUUGCAACAGCAGCAGCAGCAGCAUGCCCUAACGUACAAUGGCUAUGAGAGCAGCUCCCCCGGCAGCUACUAUCCCCAGCAGCAGGCUCAGCUGACGCCGCCACCCCAAGCGGUGGUAGGAGGAGCAGUGGGCCACCAGGUGCAACAGCAGCAGCCACAGCAGCACGAGCAUCAGUUUUAUUACAACUACAACGACACCAACGGCAGUGCGUACAUGAACCACCAACAGCAGCAGCCACAGCCACAGGAGUUUUAUUACAACUACAACGACACCAACGGCAGUGCGUACAUGAACCACCAGCAACAGCAGCAGCAGAAACAACAGGCUCCAAUUAAUCACCAGCAACACAUGCAUCACCUGGGCACUGGCGAGGCAUACAGCGCUCUUGGCUUGCAGAUGGAGAACUGCGAUGGCUACAACAAUUUCGGCGGUCCAGGCAGCGCUGGCGCUGGUUCUGCGGUUGCUGGUGUUGCCGGCUACUACGAGGCGGGUCAACAGCCCCCUGUACCGCCCACCCACACGCACACCCAUCACCCCCACCAUCACGUUCAGGUGCAGGCGCAGGCGCAUGCCCAUCUCCAUGCCCACCACAAUCCCGCAGCAGCAGCCCAAGUGGGCGUUGGAGUGGGUGUAGGAGUGGGAGUUGUUCCUCCACCACCGCCGCCAUCGCAUAUCCAUGGCUUUCCACUGAACGGAGGAGGAGGAGGAGGAGGAGGACCGGCCAUCCAGGGUCAGGCUUUUGUCAGCGGUGUAGGCAGUGCCGGAGGAGCAGGAGCUGCUGCGAUCAGUGGCCUGGAGAACUCGAACAGCUCCUCGGAUUUCAAUUUUCUGAGCAAUCUGGCCAAUGACUUUGCACCCGAGUACUACCAACUCAGUUAGUUCGUGUAGAGAGAGGCGCCUGUACAGUUCUAGCCUAAUUGCCCACCCCCUCGUUUGCCUAUU